AUGAACUGCCUUACAUGCCAAGCCCUUCCAAGAACCCAAUCUGAUAGGGAAAAUCGUGGUUACGAAACCCCCUCUACUAGAGGUAAAUCAUGUUGUCUAUAUGUUCCCCGGAGGUGGUCGACCGAGUUGACUACCCCGUCAUCCUACGAUUCUAUCAAAAUCGAUGAUGAUCAUCAUAUUAGCUCUUCUAAUGUUCAUAAGAAGGCUAGGACUCGUCGUGUUCGUAGUGAAUGCGGUGGAAACGAGCCGAAGUUGGUGAGAAGUUCGGGAAUGAGAAGGGAUUGGAGUUUUGAGGAUUUGGGAUUGAGAGGUCAAAAGAAAGGGAGAUUCCAUUGA